AUGUCCAACUCAUCAUUUACACCCCGCAAUAUCCUCCUCUUCGGCGCCACGGGCACCAUUGGCCGCUUCAUCCUCGACGCCAUCGUCUCCGCGCGCUCGGAAUUUGACCGCGUCGUCGUCUUCACGUCGUCGGCUGCCGCAGCAGGGACCCCCAAGGCAGCCGUGCUGGAUGACUUGGCAGCCAACAAGGGCGUGGAAGUCAUCAGGGGGGAUAUUGCGGAUGAGAAGGCUGUGGAGGAGGCUUAUAGAGGCAUCGACACCGUAAUCUCCUGCCUCGGCCGCACCGCCAUCGCCGCCCAGAUCCCCCUCAUCAAGCUCGCCGCCGCCCCCGGCUCGUCGGUGCGAUGGUUCCUCCCGUCCGAGUACGGUACGGACAUCAAGUACGGCCCUUCCUCGGCUCACGAGAAGCCGCAUCAGCAGAAGCUCAAGGUGCGCGCGUACCUGGAAGAAGACGACGCGGUGCGCAAGAGCGGGCUUAAGUACACCUACGUUGUGACGGGUCCGUAUGCCGAUAUGUACAUGCGCGGGUUGCCGGCGGGUCGAGAAGCUGGCGGGUGGGAUGUGCGGGCGAGGAAGGCGACGCUGUUGGAGAGGGAUGCUCCCGUUAGCUUGACGACGAUGAAGGAUGUCGGUACCCUCGUCCUAGCAACCCUCCGCCAUCCCACUGCCUCCUUCAACCGCGCCCUCCGCGUCAACUCCUUCACCACAACCCCAGCCGCCAUCCAGGCGGAAUUCGAGCGCCAGACGGGCGGAUCCCCCUGGUCUGACGUCCAGGUCACGUCGCUGGCCCGGCUGCGCGAGCUCGAGCAGGAGGCCUGGGACAAGAGCAGGCCCGAGGCGACGGUGCUGACGCUGCGGCGCAUCUGGACCGAGGGCGGCACGCUGUACGAGAAACGGGACAAUGAGGUCAUUGGCGAUCCGCCCAUGAUGACGCUUGAGGAGAUUGUCGCGCAGUUGGUGAAGGAGGCUGAGUAG